UUAUCCUGAAAAGAAUGGACUUGAAAUUGGAAGAGUUGUUUUCAGCAAUGGAUUCACUCCUGAAAAUAUUGUUAAAAGUUUUGGUAAGGAAGCCCAAAAUUAUGAAGAAACUUUUAGUUUUACCUACCAAGAAAAUAAAGAACUAAAAGAAAAGAAUACUAUUCUAGAAAAAACCAAUCAAAAAUUAGAAAAAGAACUCGAAUUUGAAAAGAACUUGGUAGAAGAACUUGAUAACAACAAAACCACAUUGCUUAAUUUGUUAGAAGACUUGCUGAAGAAAGAGCAAUCAGAGGAGGAUGAACAAGCUUUGAAAAAUCUUAAUGAAAGACUAGUAGAAGAAAAACAAAACAGUUUGAAAAUUUACCUAGAUAAACCUUUAUCUAAAUUACCAAACAAGUUCAAAACCUUUAAGAGAAAAGUAAAAAUUAAAUUCCAACACUUAGUAGAAAAAGUUAAAUCUGAAAAGCAAGAACUAGAACAAAAACUUAUUGCUAAAAUUGAGUUGGAAGAUUGGUGUAGUGAUGGUUCAGUAUGUGAUUUUUGCUUUGGUCUUAAAAAAGCAUCUUAUCAAGUCAAAACCUGCAAUCAAAUCACUAACAAAAUAUUAGCAAAUGAUUUUAUUUGUGAAAAUUGUAAGGUAAGAUUUGAAAAUGAUGAGUUGCCAAAGUGUAAUAAGUGCGGUAGAUUAAGAAUUCAAUCUGACAUUGAAUAUCCUACCAGCAAAUUUGUUUGUCGUUGUGUUAAAAGAAAGGAAAAUACAGAAGAGAAAAAACUCCCUCUUUUACCUCACCAAAAUGGAGGAAUAGCACUUUUUUAUGAAACACAAAUAAACUCUUUACAAGAGCAAUUAAACACUGCUGGAACAGAAAUUGAUACUCAUCUAGAAGCUUUAGAAAUCUCAGAAGAUUGGCAUAAAAGGCAGAAACAAGAGUUGUUAGAUAAGAUUAAACAACAAGAAGAAGAAAUUAUUAAAUUGACUCAGAAAAUUGAACAAUUGAAAGCUUUAACCCCUCAAGAGAUCAUUGCAAAACACUUGGGUGUUAGCAAAUCUUCUGUAUCUCGUAUUAUACAAUAUUUUCAAGAGUUUGGUUGUGUUGAAAAAGUUCCCUUGUUUUUAGGAAGACCGCGAUUGUUGGAUACAGAUGAUAUGAUAUAUCUUGAUAUUUUAUUAAAAGAAAAAAUUGUUUGGUACUUAUGGGAACUUCAAUCCCAAAUGGAAUUAUGGUUGGAUCGAAAAGUUA